ACUACGCCUCUCACGGCAGCCUCGAACUCGUCGUCUCGUCUCCCUAGCAUGCUGGCCGCCGCCCGCUAGAUCCGAUCUAUGGAUCCGCGCCCCGCCUCCAUCCCCGUCCUCCUCCUCGCCCUCCUCUGCCUCGCCGCCUCCUCCGCCGCCGCGUAUGCCUCCGACGAGAUCCACGGGUGCGGCGGCUUCGUCGAGGCGAGCUCGGGGUUAGCCAAGUCGAGGAAGGCGUCGGACUCCAAGCUCGACUACUCCGACAUCACGGUUGAGCUGUGCACUACUGAUGGUUUGGUUAAGGAAAGCACUCAGUGUGCUCCUAAUGGAUACUAUUUUAUCCCAGUCUAUGACAAGGGUUCAUUCAUGGUCAGAGUUAAGGGGCCCAAGGGUUGGUCAUGGAAGCCUGAAACUGUUCCUGUUGUCAUUGAUCAAAAUGGAUGUAAUGGCAAUGCAGAUAUAAAUUUUCAGUUCACUGGGUUUAUGAUAUCAGGUAAAGUGGUCGGAGCUGUUGGUGGGAAGAGCUGCACCAAAUAUGGAGGACCUUCUGGUGUCAAAGUUGAGCUACUGACGGACUCUGAUGAGUUAGUUGUUUCUGCUUUAACAUCAUCUACAGGAGAAUAUUCAUUCGCAAACAUAAUUCCAGGGCGCUAUAACUUGCGUGCUUCUCAUCCUAACUAUGAAAUUGAGACAAGGGUUUCAUCAGAGGUGGACUUGCGAUUUGGAAAUGCUGUUGCAGAUGACGUUUUCUUUGUAUCUGGAUACAAUAUCCAUGGCUCUGUAGUUGCACAGGGAAAUCCAAUCUUAGGAGUUCACCUGUAUUUGUAUUCAAGUGACGUAACUGAGGUGCCUUGUCCACAAAGUAUUAGUGAUGCACCCAGGGAAGGCGCUCUUUGUCAUGCAGUAUCUGGUGCUGAUGGAAAAUUCACAUUUAGAUCAUUACCUUGUGGUAACUACGAGCUAUUGCCAUACUACAAAGGAGAAAAUACUGUUUUUGAUAUCUCUCCCCCUUCAAUGCUUGUCUCUGUUGAGCACAGUCAUAUGACUAUCUCCCAAAAGUUUCAGGUUACUGGAUUUUCUGUUGGAGGACGUGUUAUUGAUGGAUAUGGUGCUGGUGUUGAAGGUGCUAAUGUUGUAGUGGAUGGUCAGUUGAGAGCUGUGACAGACGGUCUUGGGCAUUACAGACUUGAUCAGGUUACCUCCAAGAAGUAUACUAUUGUUGCUGAGAAGGAUCAUUAUAAAUUCAACCGUUUGGAGAAUUUCAUGAUUUUGCCAAACAUGGCUAGCAUUGAUGAUAUCACAUCAGUUCGAUAUGAUGUAUGCGGUAUUGUUCGAACAGUAACCCCAAACUCCAAAGCGAUGGUGACUUUGACACAUGGGCCUGAAAAUGUAGAGCCGCAGAAGAAAUUAGUGAGCGCAAAUGGAAGAUUUUGCUUUGAGGUUCUUGCUGGUGAAUACCGCUUAUCUGCCCUACCUGUAGAUACCGGUUCUUCCAGUCUCAUGUUUUCACCAGGAUUUAUUGAUGUCAAUGUCAACAGUCCAUUGCUUGAUAUAGAAUUCUCUCAGUCACAAGUCAACCUUCAUGGUAAGGUCCUGUGCAAAGAACAAUGCAACCAAAAAAUUCUGCUCUCGCUUGUUAGAUUAGCUGGGGGAAUUGAGCAGGAAAGGAAGACAAUUACUUUGGAGCAAGAUAAUGUUAAUUUUGUGUUCAAAAAGAUAUUUCCUGGGAAGUAUCGACUAGAGGUGAAGCAUUCAUCAGCUGAGGCAUCUGCUCAGGACGAUUGGUGCUGGGAGCAAAAUGCCAUGGAUAUAAAUGUCGGUUCUGAUGAUGUGAAAGACAUUGUGUUUGUACAGAAGGGCUAUUGGGUAGAGCUGGUCUCAACUCAUGAAACCAAAGCAUACAUUGAACAUCCAGACUCUUCUAAACUUGAUUUGUUUAUAAAGAAAGGAUCACAAAGGAUCUGCAUAGAAACUCCUGGGCAACAUGAGCUUCAUUUGAUUAACUCUUGCAUCUCCUUUGGGAGUUCACCAAUAGUAUUUGAUACAAAGAAUCAAAUGCCGGUUAAUAUCAGUGCAAAGAAGUAUCUUGUAAGAGGUGAACUCCAUGUGGAGAUGGAUUCCCUUCAGGAAGAAAUUGAUUUAUCUAAAGAUAUUGGCGUUGAUGUAUUCAAGAGCGAUGGGACUUUCAUCGAAAAAAUCUCUACUGCUCCUGUUCUUGGAAAGAGUUAUCAAAAUGACAUUAGUGCCUUUGAGUACUCCAUUUGGGCUGACUUUGGGGAGGACUUCAUUUUUGUUCCCCAUGAUGAUAGUGCUAGAAGGAAAAAGAUCCUAUUCUAUCCAUCAAGUCAGAAGUUUUCGGUGGCUGUGAGUGGUUGCCAAGACACUGUUCCUGCAAUAACUGCUAAAACAGGUCUAUACCUUGAAGGAUCAGUGUCACCUGCAAUUGCUGAUGUUGACAUCAAGAUUCUAGCAGCAGGGAAGAGCAAGUAUGCACCUCUGAAGGAAAGGGAUGUAGCAAUGGAGACAGAGACAAAUUCUGAGGGAUCAUUCUUUGCAGGCCCCCUGUAUGAUGAUAUUGGAUAUACAGUGGAAGCAUCAAAGGCUGGCUAUCAUCUGAAGCAAACUGGCCCGCACACCUUUUCUUGUCAGAAACUUGGUCAGAUAUCAGUACGGAUUUAUGGUGAACAAAAUGCGGAGCUUUUACCGUCUGUAUUAUUGUCUUUGAGUGGUGAAGAAGGCUACAGAAAUAAUUCUGUUAGUGGUUCUGGUGGAACUUUCAGCUUUGAUAACUUAUUCCCUGGAAGUUUCUUUCUCCGACCUCUUCUCAAGGAAUAUAAAUUUACUCCAUCAGCAGUUGCUAUUGAUCUCAGUUCUGGUGAGUCUAAAGUGGUUGAAUUCCGUGCAACCCGUGUUGCCUACAGUGCCAUGGGUUCUGUAACACUGCUGACUGGCCAACCAAAAGAGGGGGUUUUUGUUGAAGCAAGAUCUGAAUCAAGAGGUUAUUAUGAGGAAGCUACUACUGAUUCUUUUGGUAGGUUUCGCCUUAGAGGACUUGUCCCUGGCUCAACUUAUUCUGUAAGAGUGGUUGCAAAAGAUAAUCACAGGUUUGCAGCAGUUGAGCGUGCUUCACCUGAAUAUGUGUUGAUUGAUAUUGCUCAGGACGACAUCUCUGGCAUUGAUUUUGUUGUUUUUGAAAGACCAGAAGUUACAAUUUUGAGUGGUCAUGUGGAAGGAGUUGAUGUUGACAUGUUGCAGCCGCAUCUGUCUGUUGAAAUUAGAUCAGCUGCGGACCCUUCUAAAAUAGAAUCUGUACUCCCUGUUCCUCUCUCAAACUACUUUGAAGUACAGAAUUUGCCGAAAGGCAAACAUCUUGUUCAGCUUCGUUCUGGUCUUCCAUCACAUACUCAUAGAUUUGAGUCAGAGAUAGUUGAAGUUGACUUGGACAAGCUACCUCAGAUUCAUGUUGGUCCUCUUAAAUAUAAAACCGAAGAGCGACAUCACAAACAGGAAUUAACUCCAGCCCCAGUAUUCCCUCUUAUUGUUGGAGUUUCUGCCAUUGCGCUUGUCAUCAGCAUGCCAAGGCUAAAAGACUUGUACCAAAGUGCUGUGGGAAUGACUACCCUAAGUUCUGUAGCUGUGCCGAGCAAAAAGGAGCCAAGAAAGACAAUAAUGAGAAAGAGGGCGUGAGGCGUAAAUUAAUUAGCUUCAGAUUAGGUGUCGGAAAAAAACGGUUACUGACAAUUUGAUCACGUCAGGAGUAGAAAAUAGCCGCUUCUUUGCAUUUCAAAGGGUAUUUUUGCAGAUAAAAAUCGACAGUCGAUAUUUAUGUACUACCAUUAGCGACUACAAAUUUUGAUGCCAAUGUUGGGCAUGUAGUCAUUCGAAUUGUUGUACGAUAAUACCAUGUACAGUUUUCAGGCACCAGAUGAAGUUCCGAGAGCCUGAUUUA